CACCAUCGUUACCAAUAAAACGAAGCAACAAGUCAGAGAGCACCGAUGUUUGAUCCUGUGUGCCUAGGAGAGAGCAUAUAAAAAGGAUUCCAUCACACCGGUAGACCAACAAUCACGAAACAUCCGUCGACUGAUAAACAUCAGCUUUUUUUCUGCUCUGGAAAACCGUUGGCGCCCAAAAAGCCAGCAACAAGUGUAAAAAUGUUUAAGUUACACGUGAUUUGUGCCAUUUUCCUGUUUGCCCUCCUCAGCUGGUCCAACGCACAACCGGUGAAGGACCAGGAAGUUGAGGAUUUAAUUUACAAAUUGCAACAACUCAAACAACUGAACGAUGCCAACCAGAUUGCGCCAGCGGAUCGUCACAGUAGCGGUGGAGGAGAAAAGGAAAGAAGUCACCUCGCUCCGGAUCCCAGCGCUGAAGCCGGUUCGAUGAAAACCAAACGAUCACUCAACAACUCGGACCGGCGCACCCUACUGUACAACUACUACGCCCGUGGGCUGGCCCCGAUGUACGACAAGCGUAACUUUGACGAAAUCGAUCGCUACUCCACGUUCGGGGGCAAACGGAACUUCGAGUUCAUGAAUCCCCAGGACAGACACAGCACCAUCAAGCGUAACUUCGACGAGAUUGAUCAGUGGGCAGGAUUCAACUCUCGCCUGCGGCCCAGCAUGUCCGGCUAUGGUAAGCGUAACUUUGACGAAAUCGACCGGUACGGCAAAUUCAACAAGCGACUCUUCCGAGAGGUCGAAGAUCUGGGUGGAGCUUCCCCGAACAGCUUCAAACAUUCCAGCAACGUCGCGGACGAGAUGGCCGUCAUCAACGAGUACUCGCAGUGAAAUGGGCAAGAAGGGGCCGGCCUCGGGGCCGGCAAACACACACAGAAUAACAUAAGUUUAACUAGAAUUUUUCACAGAGCGUAGUCGAACCGGAAAACAAUCAAUUAUUCAGAUGAGUUUCGGUGAACAGAGUUGGUGGGAGGUGGACUAUUUGGGAUAGCGCGCGCGAUGCAAUCACGGCGGAUUCAGUAUUAACAUAAACGGUUGGAAACUGUUGGAAACAUAGAGAGGGACAUACUUAUAAGAGAAUAGUGAAUGCAAUAGAUUAUAAUGAGCUCAGAGGACAGAGAUGUAAUGUUGUUUCAACUAUAAUUAUGACAUGUUUUUGAAGCCUAAUGGCAUGCGAAAGAACCGUUUGAAAUCUACCUGCAAAUAAAAGCAAACUCAAAAAUCUCUAA